AUGUUUGAGUUUGACACCAACAGAGAUUACAUGUACAGAGAAUGUUACACCUACAGAGAUUACAUGUACAGAGAGUGUAACACAAACAGAGAUUACAUGUACAGAGAGUGUAACACAGAGAUUACUUGUACAGAGAGUGUAACACCUACAGAGAUUACAUGUACAGCGAGUGUAACACCUACAGAGAUUACAAGUACAGAGAGUGUAACACAAACAGAGAUUUCAUGUACAGAGAGUGUAACACAAACAGAGAUUACAUGUACAGAGAGUGUAACACCUACAGUGAUUACAUGUACAGAGUGUAACACCUACAGUGAUUACAUGUACAGAGAGUGUAACACCUACAGAGAUUACAUGUACAGAGAGUCUAACACCUACAGAGAUUACAUGUACAGGGAGUGUAACACCUACAGUGAUUACAUGUACAGAGAGUGUAACACCUACAGAGAUUACAUGUACAGAGAGUGUAACACCUACAGAGAUUACAUGUACAGAGAAUGUUACACCUACAGAGAUUACAUGUACAGAGAGUGUUACACCUACAGAGAUUACAUGUACAGAGAGUGUAACACAAACAGAGAUUACAUGUACAGAGAGAAGAUUACAUGUACAGAGAGUGUAACACCUACAGAGAUUACAUGUACAGAGAGUGUAACACAUACAGAGAUUACAUGUACAGAGAGUGUAACACAUACAGAGAUUACAUGUACAGAGAGUGUAACACCUACAGAGAUUACAUGUACAGAGAGUGUAACACCUACAGAGAUUACAAGUACAGAGAAUGUAACACCUACAGAGAUUACAAGUACAGAGAAUGUAACACCUACAGAGAUUACAUGUACAGAAAGUGUAACACCUACAGAGAUUACAUGUACAGAAAGUGUAACACCUACAGAGAUUACAAGUACAGAGAAUGUAACACCUACAGAGAUUACAUGUACAGAAAGUGUAACACCUACAGAGAUUACAUGUACAGAAAGUGUAACACCUACAGAGAUUACAUGUACAGAAAGUGUAACACCUACAGAGAUUACAUGUACAGAAAGUGUAACACCUACAGAAAUUACAUGUACAGAGUGUAACACAGAGAUUACAUGUACAGAGAGUGUAACACCUACAGAGAUUACAUGUACAGAAAGUGUAACACCUACAGAGAUUACAUGUACAGAGUGUAACACAAACAGAGAUUACAUGUACAGAGUGUAA